AUGGAAUGCUUCGGCAAAGUGACUCUUUCAAUCCAUAAUUUAGAACCAGCAGUGGCUAUGCACCAUCUAACAACAGCGUUGAAACCGGGACCCUUCGUUAAUAGCCUCUGCAAAAAACCCCCAGUCGACCUAGACGAGUUAAGGAGCCGGGCUGCGAAAUAUAUGCAAAUGGAGGAACUAUCCGAAUACCAGAGCCAGGUACGGAUGGAACAAGGACCUAACUCAAAAAAUGAAGAAAGAAGGGAGAUCUUUAAAACAAGGCGGGGGAACGACAGAGGAAAGGAACUCGAACGACCACCUCGAGGACCGAAGUAUCCCUCCUACACGACUCUCAACUCUAAUCAGUCUAGAAUACUUGACCAAGCGUUGGCCACAGAGAUAUUGAGAAUGCCUAGACGUGCUAACACCCCUCCUCGGGCGGAUAAAAGCAAGUCUUGCCGGUAUCAUCAGAACAGGGGCCACACUACCGAGGAGUGUGCGGCGCUAAGAGACAAAAUUGAAGAAUUGAUCAAAGAUGGACACCUGAAAAAUUUUGUACAGACAGAUCCCGCAAGGCAAUACAACAAAGGAAGAAACAGCCACCCCGAUUCACCAAAGAGAUCCGAUGCCAAAAACUUUGAACAGCCCAGGAGCAGGUCCAGGGAGCCCCCACCAAGAAGAUAUGAACAAGAUAAAUAUCCGAAGAGGGUCAUUAACACCAUAGCCGGAGGGUUCGCUGGUGGAGGAUCUACCCAUUCGGCUAGGAAGAGGCAUUUUCGAAAUGUCCGUUCUGUGAAUAAUGUUUCAUUGGGCAGCAAGAUCCGAAUCCCGCCUAUUACGUUCACUGACGACGACUUUCAAGGAGUCGACCCAGUACAGGAUGAUCCCAUGGUAAUUAGUGUAGACAUUCUUAACUGCACUGUCCGAAAAACGCUAAUAGACCAAGGGAGCUCGGCUGAUAUCCUAUACUGGAAUACAUUCAAGCAAUUAGGCAUCUCAGAACAAGAACUCAAGGAAUAUCAUGAGCCGUUGGUCGGUUUUUCCGGGAAAUGA